UUUAUACAAUCUAACCUCAACUUGACACGUUUAAAAACAUUCCGUUUUUAUUUGUUUUGUCAAUUUUCGCUAUGCCAUGUCCGUAAUUACAGAGAUUUAUAACAAUAAUAAUUGUAAUCCGGUGUUAGUUGAGUUUCAAAAUGGCAAGUUUAAUCCUGGAGAGGAGCACAAUUUAAAGUCAGGAUUGUAUAAAACUAAGAGUAAUAAAGUUGUUGUGGGCAUAGAAAGCCAAAAAAUAGCAUACACUGGAAUAGUUAGCGAUACCAAAUUGUACAAUGAUUAUAUUGUAAUUCAUAAUAAAAGAACAAAAAAAUGUAGGUUAGUGCCUGUAGACUUUGCUACAUUACAACCACAGUUAAAAAAGAAAAGGGAUUUACUAGAUGUGACUUCGUCAGCUCUAGAUACAUCAAUCUCCGAUCUAAACAAACAGUUUGGUUCUAAAAAAACAAUAAGAAUCACUGAGCAGCAUGAAAGACUUAAAAUGAAUAUUGAUAGUGUUAAAGAGGACCUAGAAAAAACUGUAGCAGAUAUAGAAGUUGAUUUUAGCAAUCAAAAUAAAGAAGAUGAUGAUGGUGUUUAUCGGCCUAAAAUAAAUAGAGGGGCAUCUGUAAAAGAGGAUGUUUAUAAUUUUGAGGAUAUUUUGCCUUCUAAAAUUUUGGAUUCUAUGGAUGCAGAAGUUGAUCAUGUAAUGAAAAAUUUGGAAUCUAUAGAAGACUUAAAGUUCAGACCUUUUGUAGCAUAUUGCUUGCAAAAAUUGAGGGAGUUAAAAAUAUCCGACGAAAAAAGAAAGGAUAAAAUAAAAAUUUUGACGUAUAUUCAUUAUUUGCUGCAUUUUUUCUCGAUUCCAAUCAAGAAUUUGCCAAAAAAGAUCUCAAUUUGUGAAAAUAAUAAGGACAUUAAUUUUCAUAUUUUGGACAAUUUUUCCAGCGUUUCUAUGCAAAAAAGACAUAGAUCAUUGUCAAUGAAAACUAAGGCUGUUUGCUAUGCUUUAGUUUUGACACUUUUUGCAAUGGACUAUGAAGUAAACAUUGAAGAAUUAUCAAAGGACAUCAAAAUGGGCAUAAAAAAAAUCCAAGAAAUCGGAAGGGUUUUAGCUUUAUCGCAAGGCAAAGACAAAAAUUAUCUGACCUUAAAAUUACCUUUACCUGCUGUUGUACAAAUGUCUGCUAAAAGAAAGAGAAAAUAAAG